AUGUCGCGUGGGGUCAACAGAGCUGCCUAAUUUGACACGUCACUAAUGGAAAGUUCGCUCCGUGUCCUCCCAGACAUGGAGCCCACACGUCACGUCAGUAGUGCCCUGUGUGGCCCACUUCGCAGGAGCCAGACACUCUGGGCAGAGAAGAAGCGUUGACGUGUGCACCGGAGUGUCGCCGGAAGCGUGUGGGGCAAGCAGUUCUACUAAGCUUUUCUUGCAGUAGGUAGAAUGCAUUAGCGCGUUGCAGCUUUUCCUACGCACGCCACACCCUACGUAGACAUGCCCGAUCGAGCUCCAUGUCCUCGCCAGUCGCUGUUGCUGCCAAGUCGGUCGGUGGAGGUAGAGACCACAAAACUUGAACAUGAAGGAGUUGACUACGAAGUCGUCUUCGCGAGGGAAGAAGAAUGGCAUCUGAGAAUGGAAUCUCGGUGGUCCAAAUGCCCCAAGCAUCACCGCCGGCUUGUAAGACGAAACGCUUCUGCGAGCGCAAUCCAAUUCAGCUUCUUCCUCCUCCUGUAAAGAUCGUAGCAGCACUUCGCUUGCUAUUAGAUCUCUCUCUAUAUAUACGUAUCUCAAAUCCUCUGCUUCAGCUUCAAUCGUCGACCCUGACCAGCUACAUAUAGCUAAAGUAAGACGGUCAUCCAUGGACGAGAUCUUGGUGGUGCCGUUCCCGCACGCGGGGCACAUCUUCCCGGCCACCCAACUCAGCGCUCACCUGGCCCGCCGCAAUUACAAGGUCACCCUCCUCCUCCCCUCCUCCUCCUCCGCCUCCUCUCCUCCCCACCCUCUCGUCCGAAUCGUUGACUUCUCCCUUCCCCCCACUAACCGCAUCCAGCCCCAGCUCCUGGAGGACACCCUCCACGACCUCCUCGCCGGAAUCUUCCAGCAUUUCGGCUUAGAACACCACCACGACGCCUCCUUUCCUUCCUCUCUUCCUCGUAAACCUCCCCUCUGCGUCAUCGUCGACGACAUGAUCAGCGGCCUCAUCGACACCUGCGUCCAGCACCGGGUCCCGGUCGUCAGCUUCUUCACUUCUGGCGCCUGCGCGGCCGCUCUCGACCACGCAACCUGGGAACUCUCACCGGAGGACUUCGCCUCCGCUCCCCUCUCCACCGCCGUCACCAUCCCGGAUCUGCCCGCCGAGAUGGCCCUUACUACCUCCGACAUCAGCAGCCGGCACCAGCCCUUCGGCGGGCCCGGCAGCGUCGGUGGGCCCCGACGACGGAGGGGGAUAGCUGGGGCGGACGGUGCGGUCGCGCUGCUUGUCAACACGUGCGACGAGCUGGAGCGUCCCUUCCUGGAUUACGUCGCCAAGAAGGCGGGGAAGCCAACGUGGGGCGUGGGCCCGCUGCUGCCGGACCAGUUCUGGGCGGCGGCCGGACCGGUGCGAGAUGGCGAGGUCCGAUCGGGACACGAGUUCGGCGUCGACGAGAAGGAGCUGGUGGAGUGGUUGGACGCGAAGCCGCCGAGGUCGGUGAUCUACGUCUCGUUCGGGUCACUGGUGAGCCCCGCGGACGACGAGCUUUCCCAGCUCGCGGCCGCUCUGGACGAGUCGAACCGACCCUUCCUCUGGGUCAUGCAGACCAAGUCGAGGAAGUUUGACCCGGCGGGGCAACCGAUAGAGGACACCGGCGACGGUGGUAACGGCUUCUUUUCCGCAGAGGCGGUGGCGAGGCGAACCGAGGGGAGGGGGCGGGGGAUGGUGAUCCGGGGGUGGGCGCCGCAGCUGCUGAUCCUGGGCCACCCGUCGGUAGGGGGUUUCGUGAGCCAUUGCGGGUGGAACUCUACGGUGGAGGCGCUGGUGUGUGGGGUGCCGAUGUUAACGUGGCCGGUGCGAGGGGAUCAGCACCACAACGCUAAGCUGGUGGUGCGCCGCCUGGGGACCGGAUGCGCGAUCCGCGACUCCGAGAACUGCAGCUCAGCGGCGGCUUUGACGAAGGAAGACGUGGUGGCGGGGAUCGAGAGGGUGAUGGUCGACGAUGGCAUCAGGCAGCGCGCGGCUUCGGUGCGGGCCGUCUUCGCCGGCGGGUUUCCUGAGAGCUCAACCUCUUCCUUGGAUGACUUUUUGGCGUCACUCUCGUUAGAGUAGCUGUACUAAUUCAGCUUCCUUAGAGCAAAUCCCUCACUAUCCUUUCCCCAUCUCAUCAUACCUUCAGAGGGCGAGAGGAGGGGAAGUGUGUCGCGUAGAGAUGUCAAAAUAUCGUUGUGCCUAUCGAUUGAAUGCAAGUCACUUUCUUCUCA